CAUCCUCCUUCUGUACAUGGACCACCCUCCACCUCUCCGCUCCAGUGCUGGUGCUGCUGGUGUCGUAAGUCAGCACAGGCCCUCAGUCUCAGUGGGAGAAGAAGGGAAACGGAGCACUGAGGGCGAGGAGACACAGAAUGAAUCUGAGGGAGGUGCACAACUAAGACAGCACUGACUGAACUCAUUGACACAGAUUAUUUGGCUGUUUGGUGGAAGCAAGAGGAUCAGUCAUGGGAUUCGAUGUGUGGAGCCUUUUCCUCCUGUUGGCUUUGUCCCUCUGGAGCAACAGUCAUGCCUUGAAAAUGAACCCCAUCCUGUCCAGGAUUCGAAGAGCUCCACAAGCUGCUGAAGAAAACAAGAAAUGCUCCUACACCUUUUUGGUCCCAGAGCAAAAGAUCACAGGUCCUAUUUGUGCUGCCCGUGGGUACUCCACUGAUAAAGACCGGGUGACGCGUCUGGACGUAGCUUCGGUGCGAGACCUACUGUCCAAACAGCGUCAGGAGAUGGAAACUUUGAAGCUUGUGGUGGAUGUGGAUGGUAACCUGGUGAACGAGAUGAAGCUAUUAAGGAAGGAGAGUAGAAACAUGAACUCUAGAGUGACCCAGCUUUACAUGCAGCUGUUGCACGAGAUCAUAAGGAAAAGGGACAACUCACUGGAGCUGGCCCAGCUGGAGACACGCAUCCUUAAUGCCACAGCUGAGUCACUAAGGCUGACCUCCCGGUACAAAGAGCUGGAGGCCAAAUAUGCAGCACUGUCUGCAAUCGUGAACAAUCAAUCAGUUCUGAUUGGACAGUUGGAGGAACACUGCAUGCAGAUGUAUAGUCGCAGACAUGAACAGCCACCCAUAGGACCUCCGUUGGUACAGGUGGUGCCUGAAAACAUUCCAGUCAGUGUGCCACGGUUCACCAACGAGAUCCAGAGUCGCAACGCCAGAGGGUUUGGCCCAGAAAGGGGCUCUCGGUCUGGGUCAACUCCCACGAGCAGUACGCCUGAGAUCCAGAAAUCAGAGAGAAACUUCAGCACGGAGGGCCCGUUCAGAGACUGCCAGGAGGCCCAGGAAGCUGGCCACAGCACCAGCGGCAUGUAUCUCAUCAAACCAGAUGAAUCAGAGAGGACGGUGCAAGCCUGGUGUGAACAGGAUAUCGACAACGGAGGGUGGACGGUUAUCCAGCGUCGGAAAGAUGGAUCAGUUAACUUCUUCAGGAACUGGGAUAACUACAAGACUGGCUUUGGCAACAUAGACGGGGAGUACUGGCUCGGCCUGGAAGCGAUCUACAAGUUAGGGCGGCAGGGAGACUACAAGCUCAUGGUAGAGAUGGAGGACUGGAUGGAUAAAAAGGUCUACGCGCAGUACGACAGCUUCCACCUGGAGCCUGAGAGCGAGGGCUACCGCCUGAGGCUGGGUACCUACCAGGGCAACGCCGGGGAUUCGCUCAGCAGCCACAACGGCAAACAGUUCACCACUCUGGACAGAGACAAGGACACCUUCUCAGGUAACUGUGCCCAUUUCCAUAAAGGAGGCUGGUGGUACAACGCUUGUGGCCAAGCUAACCUUAACGGUGUCUGGUACACCGGAGGAGUGUACCGCAGCAAAUUCCAGGACGGGAUCUUCUGGGCCGACUACGGCGGCGGUUUCUACUCCAUGAAGUCCGUUCGCAUGCUGAUCCGGCCCAUAGACUGAGGCUGCGAGAAGUACUGACCCAAAACAGGGCCUGCAAAUUCAAGACUCAUUCUUUUGUUGUUGCUUUAAACCGUACAUCAGCAGCGAGAGGUUGACCCUAGAUGGAAAAAAGUCAACAAGUGGAAAGAGGCCAAGCAGCAGUUUGCAGGAACAGACACAAACUCUGUAAAUAAGGGAUUUAGGGAACACAGAUUUGUAUUUCUAUAAAGCAUAACCUCAGUGCCUGCAAAAGCUAUUCAUAGUCCUUGAACUUUUAAACUUUGUGUUAAGUUACAAACAUCAAUUCUAUGUAAAACACCAACACAAAAAUUUGAAAAUGCUUUUCAAAUUAUUUAAAUUAAGAAACUUUGCAAGGAUUUGUAUUGAGCACCAUUUAAACACCAUGUGCAACAGAAAAGUAAAGCUGAUCUUGUACAAACAAGCAUAAAUUGAGGACGAACGCUGCUGCCAUUCUCAGCAGAACCAAUCGAGCUAUUUUGCAAAGAACCUGAUUAUAUUAAAUGUAAAAUUUUCUCAGGAGCAAAAUGUGGAAAAAGUUCAAGGAGUUUGAAUUAUUUUCAAGGUCCUCAAUGUAAAAAAAAAAAAACUUAACUGGUACUAACGUCACACCAUCCGAAUGCAGCUUCACCUACCUCACCGAGACAAACAUCUGGUGCAAAAACUCAUAUUUCUGGUAUUGCUUUGCCUUAUUUAGAUGCUUGGAAAUGGAAAACAUACAAUGUUAAUACCUGCAUAGAUCAAUGUAAACUAAAUCCACUUUUCCAGAUCCAAAGCAUCACAUUUAGUUGCACAGUGUUUUUUUUUAUUUAAAUCCUUACCCUUAAAACAACCUUUAUACUGCAUGCUUAAAUACUUUGUCUGAACGCAGAUGACCAGAAAGUAUAAUUUAUGCAUAUAAUUAAGUUAUCAUAACAUUGAAAAGGGCCAGGUGUCCUUUGAGAGAUGGAAAUGAUCCUAUAGAAAAACAGGAGCUGUUUCCUCCUGCUGUAAAUAGGACAAUCAUUCUUAAAGUGUGCACGCUCAUAUGGAAAUUGUUCAUGUGUGUUUUUCUCAUUUGGACUUUGAUUAAAGUUCAGCACGACUCUGGGAAACGCAGGCAUUGUUGAGAGGAAAAGAAGGUGGAAUUAAGCCCUGCUUUGCGUGGUUUUGGAGAGUGAAAAAUAUGCCUACCAGGCACAUUGAGAGCUUUAAGUGCUGGGACAGACAACGAGAAACACAUUUCUGAAAACCCAGACAGGAUAGAGAAAGAAAGAGUGAGGGGAGAGAGGAGGAAGGGGUGGGGGGAGAUGGAUGGGGAUGGAAUCAGUCCAAAUUUCCAUGUUUGUUUUUUUUCACAUUAGCCUAUACCCCCAAUCAUGCCUUCAAAUACAGGGAUAUCCACAUUCUUUCCACUCCUUGUCUUAUCGUGAAAGACGUAUGGAUUGAGUCAAGUCCCUACUCCAUAGUAGAUGAGACAUUUUUAAGAGGAAGCUUGUCAGCAGACACACUGUAGAACAGCAGCGCUGCUUCAAACACAUUAAAGAGGAAAAAUUAAGCCGCUCUGAAAACAGAAUUCCAAUCCGACCACAAAGGAUCUCACACCCAGCUUUUUAAAAACAUAAUAUGACCACCGGUCAAAGUUACUUGGUCACCCAAACAUCUUUAUGUUCAUGGAAAAAAAAUAAACAUAAGCUCUAAUACAAGCUGUAUAAUUUCUCCCUAAAACUGAAGCACUAUAAAAGCUGUAAGCUGUGAGUCACCGCGGCUUGAAAACAACUCUUAUACAAGAAGCAGACACGAAACAUUAUUACGCCCGACUGACCUCUGCUCCUAGCACAUGAUGUGUUUUCAGUUUACUUGUGCACAACACUGGUCUGGUUUACUCUGCAUGGCUGUGACUCAUUAAGGCAGAACUACUGCUCAGUCCUAAUUUAAACUAAAUAAGCAUAUUUUCCAAACACUUUAAGAUGUUAUCAAAAUGCCUCUUUUUUUUUACUGUCUGCAUAUGUUUAAGGAAAAAGAUGGAUGCGGUACAGCUGGUAGGACAGGGGACCUACAUUUGGCUCCAGCUAUAGUCACAGCCUUGCAUCGCUGAUUUUAGGGAUUGAUUUGGUGAUGAUAUAUGUUUUGUUCAACCCACACCAUAUAAAAGCGU